UCUACUCUGAGCUCCACUCCUUGUGUUGUCGUCCGAACUCGGAAUUGUCUGUGAUUCAGGAAACGAAGUUCUCCGACUAUCAGCUGAAAUGGCACCCAAGAAGGACCCUAAGGCGGCGGCUCCCGCCAAGAAGGCCGAACCUGCACCCGCACCUGCACCGGCGCCAGCCCCUGCUCCCGCAAAGGCUCCCGCAAAGGCUCCCGCAAAGGCUCCCGCUAUCGACCUGUCCGCCGUCAAGAUCGAAUUCAGUGCAGACCAGAUUGAUGACUACAGGGAGUCCUUUGGUCUGUUCGACAGGGUGGGUGACAACAAGGUGGCUUACAAGCAGGUCGCUGACAUCAUGCGCGCUCUGGGCCAGAACCCCACCAACAAGGAGGUCAACAAAAUCCUGGGAAACCCCUCCGCUGACGACAUGGCAGGCAAAAGAGUAGAUUUCGAGGGUUUCCUGCCCAUGCUCCAGACCAUCAUCAACAGCCCAAACAAGGCGGUAUUCGAGGACUACGUUGAGGGUCUGCGCGUCUUCGACAAGGAGGGCAACGGCACAGUGAUGGGUGCUGAGCUGCGUAUUGUUCUGGCAACACUGGGAGAGAAGAUGAGUGAGGUUGAGAUUGAUUCUCUCAUGACAGGACAGGAGGACGAGAACGGCGCUAUCAACUAUGAGGCUUUUGUCAAGCACAUCAUGUCUGUGUAAGGACCCUGCAGUGGUGAGCAUCGUAUAUGUGCAGACCCCAUGGUGUCGCGACAUCCACUCGCUGUUUCCUGUGCCACCUGAGGAAGCAGGGGAACAAAGGACUAUGAGAUGUCAUUUCCUGAACCUUUCUUUUUUUUUGUUCUACACUUUUUUUUCCAACCGGUGCUUUUUUUCUCUCCUCCUCCUCCUGCUGCUGUUCGGCAAACCGUCCUGAUUCCCCACGAGAUUUCCUCAUCGUUACACAAGUCACCGUGUCUCAUUGGGGAUUUCUGUCAUCACUGGUUUUCAAAGUGGAGCAGUGAUGGAGGGGAAGGUGAGAUAAGGAUGACCACCCCUUUCCUUUCGUUUUUAGUCUGGCUGAUUCUCUAUCUGCCAGUGAAGUGACAAGGUUGGCGCAGGACUGGCCAUCAAAAUGAAUCCACUCCUUAACCAAACCCAUCCCUAGGUCUUAACUUAUUGUAUCCUCUGCCACAAUAAACUUUUCAAAAACUCCCAUUUUA